GGGACGGGCUAGAUAGGGGAAGGGAAGAGGCUCACAUUUUCGAAGCAAUGGGAGCUGCUCGGCUAGCCGCCUCGCGUGGGUUAAGAGCAGCAGGAGGAACGUGGCUUUACGACUUAGCCGCCUCGGCCCUCCACAGCCCCUGCCUCCGCCUCUGCGACCUGACCGCUGUAGAAGACAGAAGAGGCCUGAAGCCUGCAGCAGCAGCAGCACCCUGUCCCGCCGCCUCGCGCGCCCUCCAGUGGCGUCAUCCCAUUCGCUUUGGUCUCGACUGGCGCGCCUCCCCUCGCCAACGGCAAUGGGAGGGCAGUCGCGGCCAGGCUCCGAGGACCCAUCUUGGGAAGUUCCGCAAGGUCCUUACUGUAAGGGAACAGGGGUCGUACGUGGGCCACGGCCGGAAGAGAGACCAACAUCAUGACGACGUCUGCCCCCAGCCUACCUCUUCAGAGCCCGGUCUCUGCCUUGCAUCAAAGUCAAGCACAGGACCAUGCAGGGCACCGAGCUCCAGCCAGAAUCACCCUUUUCUUUCAGAUAGCCCCACUUACCCUUAGAAACCUUACUCUCUCAGGAGCAGGGGGAAAGUGAAAGGCGAGUGGGUGGGCUGUUUCUGCUCCCUCUGUACCUGUGGCCCUUGAGUGGAAACCCCUGCCCCUGAACCAAAGACCUGGAGGCUCUAGGAUUGCUCACUUGGGACCCUGACUAUGAAGGGUCAGGAUAGCCCAUUCUGCCCCAGCCCUCACAGAGCCCUAUUACCAAGGCCCCUGCCCCAAGAAUCCACCAUCAAAACCAGGGCCCUGCUAGUGCCUUCCCAGCGUGCAGGCCUAGGGAGGAGUAGCCCCAGUAUACCUGUUAUUCCUGAUCCUACUACAGUCUCUCUGUUUGUGACCCCAUGGCCUUUGCUGGUAUGUCUGCCUGGGCCCCACAGAGAGCUAGGUCAGAGCUAUCCUGGCCUACAUAGCCAGACCCAGGUUCACAGGCUAAAACCUAGGCCUCUCACCAGGCUGCAACUCCCAGCUGCACACUGCAACCUGAGAAAUCUCAGCACAGUCUAGGAAUUAGUAAUGGGGACACUUCCGUCUUGGUGGGAAAGGGAGAUGAGGGCCUCUAGCUCUCCAUACCCAGUCUCUCAUCAUCAAAGUCAUUUAAGGCCCCAGCACAAGACCCCAGGUUCAGCAUCAUCCUGUUCAUCAUGAGCAGAGGGGUGACUUUGAAUAAAGUGGGAGGCAGCUGUGCCCUGAACAGUUCCCAACUUGAAUUUUCCUUUGAGCUUAGUGAUUUGGGGCUGGGUGGGACCGGGAGAGGACAGAUGUUUUCCUUUCACAUGUGGGAAAUCUUGGGGCCCCCCAGAUCACUAAGCUGAAGGGAAGAGUCAAGCUGGGAACUACUCAGGGCAAACCUGCCUCCCAUUUUAUUCAGUCAUCCCUCUCCUGAGAUAGAUACAUAUCUGAUUGCCUCUUUUGGAGAGGCUUAUCAGAAACUCAAAAUAAUGCAACCAUUUGUCCCUCACCUACCUGUGACCUGGAAGCCCUCUCCCUGCUUUGAGUUGUCCCCACCUUUCUGGACUGAACCAACGUACUUCUUACACAUAUUGAUUGAUGGCUCAUGUCUCCCUAAAAUGAAUGAAAGCAAGCUGUGCCCUCAUCACCUUGGGCACAUGUCUUCAGGACCCCCUGAGGCUGUGUCAUAGGCACAUGUCCUCAACCUUGGCACAAUAAACUGUAAAUUAACUGA